AUGAAGCAUUCAUUUGCUGAAGGAAAUGUGAAUGCUUUGCUUGAAGCGUGCUUAAAUUCUGAUGAAAAGCAUCUGCAGCAGCUGCUUGACAACUUUAAUGCACAAAAUAUUGGCUUAGAUUUUUAUUAUGACGAUAAUGGAAGGACAUUACUUCACAUUUUGGCAUCAUAUCCUGAUUUCAAAUACUGGAAGCUUCUCCUUAACAGUUUUAUCUAUCUCGAUUCUACAGACAGUUCUUUACAAACUGCUUUGCAUAUUGCAGUUUUAAAUAAAAACGUUGAAGCAUGCAGAGCAUUAUUAAAAUUUAAUGUCUCAUUUACGGCUGAAGAUGAAAAGGGCUUUAAUCCUGUUCAACUGGCAUUUUUAUCCAAUGAUAAGGACGUUCUCGAUUCUUUUCUUGAUUUCAAUCUCCCAUUUAAAUACAUGUACAAUAACAAGCACAGUAUAGCUAAAUUAUGUUUCGAUAACAAUUGUAUUGAAUCUUUUGAGUAUUUAUGUCAAAUAUUCAAAGCCGGAAGUCUCAUGGAGAUCGAUGAAGAUGGUAAGGCCAUCAUUCAUUAUGCGGCUCAGCUAUCAAAUAAAUCAUUUAUGCAAAUAUUAUUAGAUUAUAAUGUUGAUAUCAAUCAAAAAACUACGAAACCGCGAUCCAAUACAGCAAAUUCAGACGAUCCUAAUUCUGUCGGACUUACUGCUCUCGAUAUUGCUACUAAUCCUGAAGUAAUCGAAUUAUUAGCCUACAGAGGAGCAGUUUGCAGCAGAGAACAGAAAGAAUUUGUUAAAGACAUUGUCCAGCGUGUUAAUAAAGACAGAGAAAUCUUCAAUGAUAUGAAAGAACCAAUUGAUAUUGUCGAUUAUAACAAUUACACCCCAUUAAUUUACGCAUUACUCAAUAAGCAUAGCAGAUCAAGCAAACAAUCACAAUUAUCUUUAAUUCAACAGCUUCUCGAUAAAAAAGCAAAUCCAAAUUUCUUUACUUCAACAACUACAGCCUACCACAUUGCCGCAGAGACGAAAAACAUCGAAGCAAUCAAAUUAUUCCUCAAAUACCAGCAGCCGCCAGCUAUGACGAGUCGAGAUUCCGUUGGAAAAACUUGCAUCAUCUACGCUGUCGAAUCUGAAGAUCCAGAAACAGUCAAAGUCCUUGUUACAGGCCAAAAAGUCUCACAGUACGAUUACGAUACACUCGCGAAGCUUCUUUUCUCCUUUGAUGAUGAUAUUGCGAGCCAAAUGGCCGGCCCUCUCAUAGAAGGUGGUUUCCCACCCGACACAAAGACUCCCAAUGGCGAAUCCCUCCUCUACGCCGCCGUAAAGAACUGCAAACCUAUGUUGGCUGAAGUAUGCAUCAAAUUAUCACAGCUCAGCCAAGCAGAUCUCGACAACCUUCUUGUAGAAGCAGUUAUGAACGAAUGCCCUGUCGUUCCAACCCUCCUGAAGUGCGGUGCCAGCAUUACAAUGUACCAUGGUCGACCACUUUUUCACUUCACCGCAAAACACAGAACUAGCGAUGCCUUGAUUGCACUGAUGAAAGAUCCCAAUCAAAACAAGACAUCGGUAGAUACAAGAGGAAACACUUAUGUCCACUACGCCGCAUUGCUUGCAAACCCUCGCGCGAUCAAAGAUUCGUUUUCCAUUCUCAAACUCGACGCGAACACUCAAAACAGCGAAGAAGAAACACCUCUCCACAUCUUGACACAGUCAGGAGGUCCUUCUUAUCGCCAGUGUUUCGAAGCUUUGAUAGAGAAUAACGCGAAUCCUUUGAUUGUCAACAAAAUGAAGCAAAACAUUCUUCAUUACGCCGCGAGAUACGGACAUACCGAUGUUCUCGAUUUCCUGUUGAACCAAGGCGGUCUAACUGAAGAGCAGAAGAACCAAUUGUAUGAUCAACAAGAUGCAAAUGGUUUCACUCCUUUGGAAUCUGCUUUACUCGCAAAUAUGACAGAAGCAGGCAGAAAACUGACAAAAUUAAAGGCGCAUCCUAUUUUUGAUUCUCCUUUAACAUAUUCUUCCAUCAAAGCGUUCCUUGAUAGAGGCUUAAGUCCUAAUGUAUUCGACAAAGACGAUUCUCCUCUAAUAAACAACGUUGUCGAACUAUAUGAUGAAAACAAGCCAAAUGAUUGCAUCACAUUAGUUCAGUUGUUAUUAGAUGCAGGAGCAAAUUCAAGCCUUGUCGAUUCAAAGACUGAAUCAGCCUUCCAUCACGCGUUAAGGAAGAAAGACAUCAACCUCUGCAAGAUGCUGAUGGACGCCGGUUCAAGUUUCUUAGUUGGACGUCCUUUGAAUGUAAUUUGCGAAGAAAUGAACCUCAAAGAAAUCGGCGCAAUGAUAAAGAAACCUUUGAGAAGAGCGUGCGCCGCAUUAGAACUAUGUGACAUUUUCAAGAACGCGUGCAAAGAAUAUACAGCAGCUUUCGAACUGUUAAAUGACGAGUUAAGGAAAUGUCCUGAAGUACAAUUGUAUAUUCCAGAAAUGGAGAACAUGCAGAGAUUAAUGGACAUGUUCGUUGCGAGAUUAGCUCCAAUUGUCAAUAUAAUGAAACCGACAACUAAUUUAGGAGAUAUCUUCAUUUAUUUCGUCGAUGCUUUUGCAGGAAGCAUCAAUGUUUCUACGGCUUAUUGCGCUGCAAAAGCUGUAAUUGAUAAGUCUCCAAACAUUGCGCCAAUGCUUAAUAAUACUUGCAAAUUAAGUCGUAAUAACUUGAACGAUUUGUUGAUUAUUCCUGUCCAAAUUAUGACGAGAUUGGGAUCAUUAGUUGAAGCUAUUUUAGUAAAUACUAAUGCUGAUACAGAUGAUUACAAAGCUCUUCAGAAGACUUACACGAAGUUUAUGGCUUUGGGUAUAGAAACUAAUGAAAGACAACUCAUUUUCGAUUCACAGAAGAAACUUGAACAAAUACAUAUUUUGUAUAAUAACGUUCGUUUCUUCGCUCAAGAUGUUUUAGUUAUUUAUGAAAAUUUCACAAUCGUACAAUACACGGAACCACCAACUUUCAAGCCGAUUGGAAACUAUCAGGACUGGGGGUUGUCCUUCUUUUCAUGCGAGACACCAAGCGGACUCCAACAGAAGUAUUUCAAGGCAAGUUCGAGCGAUCUAAAAGAUAUGUUGUCAGGUGAAAGUUUGACAAUUUUCUUCUUCAGAAAAUUUGUUUUGUUUGGCCAGUUAAUGAAAGACGACAAAUUCCAAUUGAUCUACAGAUGCAACACUGAUGAGAUCCUCUUUGAUUUCGGCGCACAGCACGGACCAGAUGGAUUUGUCAUAUGGACACCAAUUGGAAAACUCCACCUCAAAGUAAACAACAAAGGUGGUGGAAUUGGUGGAGAUUUCGUUAAGAAACAAUGGAGAGUUUCUGCAACGAAAUUGUACGCUCCGGACCCAGCAACAGAAGAAUCACCUGUUAAUGGAGAAACAGUACAUGUUGCAUGGGUUAGCAAACAAACAAAUUGCGUGCACACGACAAGAGCAAUCAUAAGAGAUUGCAAGAAUCGUGAAGAGGCAAGACAGAAAAUUCUUAAGUACUUGAAAGAUAAAAAAGUCGAUUUCAUUGAAAUUCCUAACGCGGAAGGUGAAAUACAACCAUUAGUCCUUUCGCACUUUAUCACUUAUAGACCUCCUAAAGGUCAAUCUUCGGAUGUGUUAUCUGAUUUCUUGGUAAGAUAA